AUGGCUGGUGCGAUCAAUGUUGAGGCUAAGGCCCGAUACAACACUUAUUUCGUCCCCGAGGAAGACCUUAUCUACCUGCUACCUUACCUACGCGAUGUGCCCGAGACCCCGGAAGAAAUUGAAUGUGUGACUAAUGGCACAUGGCCGCCGUGGCUCGAUGGUUCAUUCGUCCGUGUCGGCGCCGGACGCUUCACCGUCCCGCUCUCUGAGGAUAGCUCCAAGCCUAGAGCCGUUCUGCAGCACUUCUUCGACGGCUUGGCGAUCUUGCACAAGUUCCGCAUGGUCGAAGGGCGUGUCUACUACAGGAGCCGCCACACGGCCGAGGGAUUGGUGAGGAAAGCCAAAAGAGAGGGAUACUUAUCGACGACAAUGUUUGGCCUCAAUGCCAACACUCCACUAAAGGAUGCCCAAGAUCCAUGCUCAGCUUUGCUCGGCGCUCAGGUUCUUGUUCACACGGAUUUCAACAUGCUCCAAGCUUGUGAUGCUACAACUCUCGAGCCAAAGCGUAUGCUCACAUACGCGCAGAUCGACCCACAGCUCGAGGGCUACGGUAUCUGCGCCCAUCCACCCAAGGACCGCAAACGAGGCCUUACCUUCAACUACCUAAUCAGCCCUGAUCAGCCUAUCCACAUCGAUGUCAGUGACACGACCCGAACCUUCGCCGAUAUGCUCCAAUUUGAACCCAAUACGCCAACUCAAUUCUUCGUCUUGGACAAGCUUACGGGGAAGCACAUCGCCACAUACGAGCAGAAGGAUGGCUUCAUGUUCUUUCACUCAGUAAAUGCAUACGACUAUCUUGACUCGGUCACAGGUCACAUCAAUGUCCAUGUCGAUUUGUGCAGCUAUGAAGAUGAGUAUAUUACAUAUCACGAAUACAGCCUCAACAACAUUGUCGACCCGGCUGGCCCAUAUCAGAAUGGCACCCUGACGCGGUACGAGCUCGCUGCCGUAAACACCAUGGACUUAUCUCGUUGCAUCAAUGGAUCCUAG